AUGACCUCUCCUAGAGUCCACGAAACCCUGUACCCGGGCACGUCUUCUCCUCUGGCGAAGUGGUGGGACGAGUCGCCAGGUGCCACGAUAAGAUCGCUGUCCUUCGACCUGCCUCAACUGCUGAGCGAGAUGGAGGAGUAUGACUUGGACAACGUCAAUCUAAUCGGCGCCGACCCCUUAUGGGACUCCAGCGUCUUUUCAACCGCAGUACUAGAUACGCCGCGGCCGGAUUGCCAGUUGGAACAUCACCAGGCUGCAUCCCCGGUGGCACCAGUGCUUCGCCAACUCAACCCAGAGCGUGUACACCAACGCCGCGAUCAGCAAGGCAUUCCGGGUGACGACAUUACCAAUAGUGGCUCUAAGCGUAGCUACUCUUCUCAGAUGGCUGAUCUAUUCAGAAUCACUUCUCCGCCCGGUAUGGACAGUUCUCAGACUUCACGAGAAGCACCAACACCUCGCGUGGCAAAGCAGGCUUUACGGAGACAAAAUCGCUCGUGCGACCAAUGCCGCUCCGCUAAACGGGCCUGUGACUUGUCGAACGACAGCAGCAUCCCAUCGCAGAAGCCUUCGAGGGCAUGUUCCCUGUGUACAAUACGUGGUGUGGAGUGCACUGCGACCUGGCUUGCAAACAAACAGUCAUCCCUGCGAGGAAAGAAGAGGCCAAGACUGACGGCUCCUAUUUUCGCCGAGGAGGAGUCUUCAGAUCUUGGUCUCAAUGCCAUGGAGGAGCAUCGGGUCGAUAUGGACGUGUCGCCAGCCGCUCCGGAAGCGAAUCUAGCCAAGUUGACAAUCGCGGAAGAGGCAUGCUCCCAGCACUUCAAUCUGUACGUUGAUGUCUUUGACAUCCCAAUCUCGCAUUGUCUGUUCCUGGACAGUAUGCCCCCGGGCUAUUCUCUGGGUGUUGCUGCCCUCUCGCCCAUCAAGGACAGCUCCAGCUUAUCGGGGUAUUUGAGCAAAGCCGACGCCUGGAUCAAGAGCUGCUGGAACCUGAACUUCAACGCCUUUGGGUCAACAGUCCCUGCGCCACAUAUCUUCCACACGGUGAGCGUCUUGGACGCCGUCUUUCAGCGAACCGGCGCACAACCGUACCGCAGCUCCAUGACAUCGCGCGAUGUGGCCAUCACAGAGACGUACAAAUGGGCUGCGAUAGCUCUCGCUGCCCGAUUUGCUCCGGCAAAGUCGGGAGAGAAGAAACCCCUGAACCCAGAAUCCGGUAAAUACCUCGAAUACAGACAUGACGUUGCGCUAGCCGCGUGGGAGAAGGCCAAGGAGAAGGUCUUUGGCAAUAUAGCGGCGACUACGUCGUUUCGCGUGGCGCUGUCACUCCUUCUCUUUGGACUUGUGCCGGUACCUGGCUCAACGAAUCAAGGCCAGGAACUCGAUGAAGAUGCCGAAUAUGCAUUUUGCGAGGGCGUCCGUCGACUUCACACACUUUGUGCCAAAGCCCGGCAGCGAAUUUUGGUCUAUAGUCAAGCGAACGGUUCAAACUCUGUCACUGACAGCCGAGGGUCGCCCAAUGGCAGCCACGAUUUGCCUCACCUCUCCCCUGAAGAUUCUAAGUACAUCCUCGAAUUACUUGGUGCGGUCGAGUGGCUGAUCAACAUUAUCAAUGCUGUGGCAAUUGGUGUAUCACGAGGAAAGACGCAGGCGUUUCCUUCUCAGAUGUCGACGCCAUUAACAAUACAUCGUCCACAUGACAAUGGUGAUACAUCUUCAAGGCCAGGGGAAGACAGAUUGUGGCUUUUUCGGCGGCAUGAUCUGAGUAACUUGAGUCUCAUGCAGACUGAGUCAAAGUCAGAAGCUUUCACAACUAUCUGGUGCAAAGGAGCCCACGACGACGUUUUGUUACAGACCUUGCGCAGGCUCUCUUAUGUCGUCGUGGUCAUCUGGAAGUCGUUGGCGGACUUGACCAUGGCCAUCGAAAGUGCCCACAGGAACAACGUGGGCUAUGAGGAGAACGUUUUUCAACAUUAUGAGACCACCAUUUCCCUGCUUCAGAGAUGGAGAUCCGCGUUCGGCAUACUGGAUUCCGGGAUGAGAGAGUGCUUCGACAAAGCCUCGGAUGAGAUCUGGCGGACCGUGGCUUUCACCUCCAACGACUGCGACCUGGCUAUCCUCCUGUUCUGUGACCUGGUGCAGAGAUUUGAGAUAAGGCUGGCACAGCAACCAUUUACACCGGAGACGGAGAGGCUUCGCGGUGCUCUUCGGUUGACAAGUGAUUUCCGCAAAACACAGCGUCUGAUCAGUGCGGAGCAAGUCUCCUUGGUGGCGUCUACUUGUCGGCAGACCUCGCGGCCUGGGUUUGAAGGGAGUAGCGGCUUGAAAAGCCACAUUCAAGAUAUUGCUGCGCAUCCGAACCCGUCGCUGAUGGUUCACCUUCAUACUCUUGCAGGGAAUGCUUUGAGGGGGGAAGUGCACAGCUCAAUCAGCCAGCUGGAAGGCAAGAGAGUUUCGGAGCUGACGAGAAGCUUCGACAUAUGUCGAGAAACAGUACAAGGGCUGAAAGAGACUCUCGUCACGUUUCCGGAUAUUGCAAGCUCCGAUGACCUGGAAGCUCUGUAG